AAAUUAAACUGUGAUUGUUACGACUCGACAACAACUGAUAUUAUUUUUUUGUAGCUUGGUGGUGGAAUAUUUGUUAUGAGUAGUUUGAAAAACAGAGGACACAUGCCAUAACAUCACUCCCUCUCUUCUCUUCUCUUCUCUUUGGUUGGUUCCAGAACAGAGAAAUUCAUUCACAAUUGACCACAAUGUCCAUUUCCACCAAAACAUUCAUCAUCUACCUCGUAUCCGCUUUCUCCGUUGCAAUUCUCUCCGCUCUCUACCUCACCAAUGGCCACCACAAAAAACCCUCUCUAUCUCUUCCUCUCAAUAACAAUAAUCCCCUUCAACUCUAUGGAUCCAAUACCGAUAAAACAUGGCCCGAAUUGAAGGCUGGUUGGAGACUUGGUUUGGCUACAGUUAUUGGUUUUCUAGGAUCUGCUUUUGGAACCGUUGGUGGUGUUGGUGGUGGUGGCAUUUUUGUUCCUAUGCUUACUCUUAUCAUUGGUUUUGAUACCAAGUCCGCUGCCGCUCUUUCCAAAUGUAUGAUAAUGGGAGCAUCAACAUCUUCUGUAUUUUAUAACCUAAGAGUUCGUCAUCCAACAAAAGAUGUUCCAAUAUUGGAUUAUGAUUUAGCUCUUAUUUUUCAACCUAUGCUUAUGCUUGGUAUCACUGUUGGUGUUGCUCUUAGUGUUGUUUUCCCUUACUGGCUCAUCACUGUCUUAAUCAUUAUUCUCUUCAUAGGAACUUCUUCAAGGUCUUUCUUUAAGGGAACUGAGAUGUGGAAAGAAGAGACUCUUCUUAAGAAAGAAAUGGCUAAGGCACAAACAACUUUUGUUAAUUCUCGCGGGGAACUUCUAAUCGAUACGCUAUAUGAUCCGUUGGUACCUAGAGAAGAGAAGACACCUAUGCAAAUAUUUUGUUCCAACCUUAAGUGGAAAAGGAUUUUGGUGUUAAUGGUUGUGUGGGUUUCUUUCCUACUACUUCAAGUCAUUAAGAAUGGUGUAAAGGUCUGCAGUGUAUGGUAUUGGGUUCUUUUCUCCUUACAGUUUCCUAUUGCGCUUGUGGUGUUCGGCUAUGAAGCAAUGAAGUUGUACAAAGAUCACAAGAAAAGAAUGAGUACAGGAAACCUGGAAUGUAUCUGUGAAGCUUCAAUUGAAUGGACUGUGUUGCACAUUGUGUUUUGUGCACUUUGUGGAAUCUUAGGUGGGACAGUUGGAGGGUUACUUGGUUCUGGAGGUGGAUUCAUUUUGGGUCCUCUUCUUAUUGAGAUCGGUGUCAUCCCUCAGGUUGCUAGUGCAACGGCAACAUUUGUGAUGAUGUUUUCAUCAUCAUUGUCUGUGGUUGAAUUCUACCUACUCAAGAGGUUCCCCAUUCCCUACGCGUUAUACCUCUUCACAGUGUCUGUUAUGGCUGGCUUUGUGGGACAGUUAUUUGUAAGAAAAUUGCUUAGAAUUCUCGGAAGAGCCUCAAUCAUUGUAUUCAUCCUCUCAGGGGUCAUUUUUGCUAGCGCUCUCACCAUGGGUGUUAUUGGCAUUGACAAAAGCAUUUAUAUGAUCCAGAACCAUGAGUUUAUGGGAUUUUUAGGCUUUUGUAGCAGUCAAUGAUUUGAGCAAUGGAGCCAAAAAAAGUUGAACAUUAUGGAGUCAAUGUGAAAAAGUUUGUACAAAAUUUUAAGGUAGGACAAAGUAAGCAUUGUUGAUGAAUGUUGUUCAAUACCUAGUUGACCAACAAUAAGAAGAUCCAUUUUCUUCAAGUAAUCCUAAUAAAUAAGGCUACUUUGUCCUAUAGAGUCUUUGAAGCAGCACAAUUUGUAGUUAAGUGUUAACUACUUGUUAACACUUAUCUCAUAACAGUGCAGCAUUUGUGUGAUAUAUUUUUUCUUUUGAGAAAAAAAAUGUUGUGUAGUAGUCAUUCAAUGAGUCUGUAAUAUAUGACAGAAAACAUGUGUAUUCAUUCAAUGUUUAUGUUUCUAUGUGGCCAAUUGCUUGUUGGCCACAUUUAAGGUCAUUUUCAAUAAACAAGGUCAUUUGUGGUUGACUGUUAGCUACUCGCUAACACUCAUCUCAUGUAUAAUUUCUGUUGGCAAAAAAUUGCAAAUUAUUAUAUAAAUUGGGCCUACUAUUUGUUUGGAA